GGGGUCACAUGAAGUUCCUGCCCUGGAUUUUACCUUGCAGAUUAUUAUAGCUCCGCGCACACAGCGCUUUAGCCGCCCAACGGGAGAGCGCACCGAAAUAGCUGGGGAAUCGCUCAGACAGAAGCAGAGGAACGUACUGUCGGGCCCGGCGCCUAAACAGCAGAGGGAGAACCCGGGCCGCUCGCUGCCACCCGUCCCAUCACAAGGGAGCAGAGGGCCGCUAGGGGCUGGAGCUGGCAUGCUGCUGGGCAGGCUGGCACUUUGUAUGUGAGGCACUCACACAGGCUGGGGAUGGUCACUCAUACAGACAUCAGCUGCUUGGGCACCAAUGGGCAUCCAGGUGGCCAACUGAACACGAUGCUGGACGCUAUGGAGGUUCCAAGUCACUCAAGGCAACUUCUUCUCCAGCUCAAUAGCCAACGGACUAAGGGCUUCCUGUGCGAUGUGAUCAUUGUGGUACAGAACGCUCUGUUUAGGGCCCACAAGAACAUUUUAGCUGCUAGUAGUGUCUACUUGAAGUCACUGGUUGUUCAUGACAACCUAAUCAAUCUGGACCAUGAUAUGGUGAGCCCCAGCAUAUUCAGAAUCAUCCUGGAUUAUAUCUACACGGGCAGGCUGGGGGACGGGGAACCAACCAGUGAGCAGCUCUUUGGAGCAGUUCUGGCAGCUGCCAGUUACCUGCAGAUCACAGAUCUGGUCUCAAUGUGCAAGAAGAAGCUGAAGAGGAAUGGCAAAUACUGCCAUGUAAGGACAACAGGUUACCCACCCUACGGUAGCCUUGGAAGGGGGCAAAAGGCCGCUACCCCUGUCAUUCAGUCCUGUUUCAGCUCAUCCUCAAGGCCUGUAGACCUGCAGCCAGUGGAACCAGUGAAUCCUAUAAACACUCACUGCGCUGAACUCUAUGCUCAGGGGAACCAGCUGCACCAGCACGGACUGUGCCCACCAGAAAGGCGCUGUUCUCCUCUGUGUGGGCUGGAUCUCUCCAAGAAAAGCCCACCUAGGCCUUCUGCUCAGCACCUUUCAGAUGGACUGUCUGCAGGGGGGGACAGUAGGGAGCCCGCAGUACCUGGGAGACCAGACAGCCCGCCUGUAAGUGCCAGCCUUCUUGCCAACCACAGUGACUCCUACAAAGAGCCCCCACACCCUUACCAGAGACUGAACAGCAGUGAGGCGCCGACCCCCCACUCAGAGCCUUACAGAAACAGUGGCCCUCCAGAUCACCCCAGCAGGACAGAGACCCAGGAGCUGAUGUUCAGGUGGAUGAAACAUGAACCUCUGGCGAGUUAUGUAGAUGAGAGUGAUAGAGAGAAGGAUCUAGACAGGGAAGAUAAAGGGGAGAGCUCCCCAUUAUCCCAGCAGCCCAGGUACCCCAGCAUAGAGAGCAAUGAACCAGACGAUGAUAAAAGUACCAGUGAAGACACUGGAAGCAGCGAGGAUCCAUCGCCUUCCUCCAAUCUGGAGAGGUACCAUUGCAACCAUCUGGGCUACGAACCGGAGAGCUUUGGGGACAACCUGUAUGUGUGCAUCCCCUGUGGCAAGGGCUUCCCCAGCUCUGAGCAGCUCAACGCCCAUGUGGAAGCCCACAACGAGGAGGAGCUGUACCAUAAGGAGAGCAUGGAACCCCCAGUCCAAUUUCUAGACAAGUCCAGUCAGGGACUGAGCGACAUGAUCAGACCCUACCGCUGCUCAUCCUGCGACAAGUCCUACAAGGAUCCUGCCACCCUGCGACAGCAUGAGAAAACCCACUGGCUCACACGGCCAUAUCCAUGCAACAUCUGUGGGAAGAAGUUCACACAGAGGGGGACCAUGACCCGGCACAUGAGGAGCCAUCUUGGGCUCAAGCCCUUUGCCUGCGACGCAUGCGGCAUGCGAUUUACUCGCCAGUAUCGCCUGACUGAGCACAUGCGCAUCCACUCCGGGGAGAAACCUUAUGAGUGCCAAGUGUGUGGGGGCAAGUUCGCCCAGCAGAGGAACCUUAUCAGCCACAUGAAGAUGCACACCACAGGCCCCGAUGGGAAGCCCAAGCUGGACUUUAGCGAAAGUGUCUAUGCCAUGGCCAAGUUCACUGCGGAUCAUCUGGGCAUGAAACAGGAGAAAGCAGCUGAAAUUCUUUCCCAAACCUCACACUUCCUCAAUGACCCCAAAACCUUAGAGAGCUUGUACCCUUUGGCCAAAUUCACAGCAGAGCAUUUGGGACUGACCCAGGAGAAGGCAGCAGAGGUCCUUGGUCCGAUUUCGCACCUGGGCAGCGAUAGCAGAAUCAUUGAGAGGUUCUCAUCGCCUUAACAGAGCCUUUAGCUCACAGGCAGGAAAGUGACUCUACAGAGACGCAAAGACAAACCCCUAUUACUGCCAAAGAUCAGGCUCCCUUUGCAAAGACAUCAUGUGACUGUCGAAAGUUACCUUGAGCCAUGUAGUCAAUGAGCACUCCAGAGACAUCUUACCCUGUGUCUGACUGCAGGGCCAACCAGAGGGCCGCUUCUGGGGAGACUAUUCUGAGGGACCACUGCAAUGACUGCUGCACUAGCCUGACGCCUGAAGUGAGUCUUAUAAAGAUGAUUCAGAUUCCCUCCACCAUGUACUCAGCCUUUUCUUUGCUGAAAGGCAUUGGAUAGAGUUGCUGCUUCUUGUGCCAAAUGUGCCAUAGGAGAACAUUUAUUUAGGUGAAUAAUCAGUUGUGUGUGGACAAAAAGAUGCAGAAAUCAGUAUUGACCAAACCUAACUAUACAAUAGCUAUAUAUGAGCCGCCAGUGCUUGGCACAAGGGGACUUUUAGGGUAAUUUUAGGGCACUUUCCCCGCCUUAUAACAGUCUUAUGUUUUGGGAAUAUCACCUAUAUAUAUCACUAGCACAGCCCACACAGUAACCCCACAUAUCCCUCCAGGGUAACGUCCCCAGCAAACAUAGAUACACUUCAUCUCAGUGAUGCCAAAGAGAUAACAUGCCCAGCCACCACACACCCAUGCCAUCAUCAUACAGCCUCCCACCGUAUUCCCACUCUGCCCAGUGUUAGGUGCCAGAAUGACCCUGGCCAGGGUGCAGUAAAGAGAUCUAUAAUGGGAAGCAACACAAUAAAGGGGGUUGGAGAAUAAUGGCUCAGAGCAGAGGAGGCUCUAGAAGCGCUGGGCGUUCACUAUCCGGCAGGGGAAUGGGAUUUAGAUCGAGCAGUGACUCGCUAGUUAUUCCAAGCGAUGCUUUGUAUCAAUCUGUUGCUUCCCUUUAUUAAUGUCUCUGCACUGCUUUCAGUGACUGCAGAACCCAUUGCCAGGGAUCUGCUUCUGUGACUCUUCUGCUGCUGCUCAACCACAAGCCUCAGCGAGCCCAGCUUUUAAUGGAAGGCUGACAUUUACCAAAGAAUGACAGUUGUACAUUGCUACUAGGGAAUAGAGUAGCGGGCAAACCGUGUAGAACGUGUUCUGGUAGUAACAAGCCCAGAUGCAACUUGAGUAUAUAUGCCCAGCUAAAGCCCCUGAGUCAGUAAGGGGACAAGCACAGAGGUGGGUGGGAGAGCUGCCCCUCCCAAUGGUGUGGGUCAGGGGGGUUCCCAGAAGCAAGGAGACUCCUUUCCAAGGAAAGUGACUAGUAGGCCACAGUGCUAAGGCUCUGGGCAUGCACAUGAUCUGUUUGGGAAUGCUGAUUACUUGUGUGUUUCAUUGCUAUUAUCUUCCUACCAGCCUGUGUGUAUUGUAUUGGGGUAGGUACCCUGUGAAUCUGGUUAGUGCCUUAAUAACCACUCUAUGCCAAACGGAGCUGGGCUUGGCAGGGCUGAAUUAACCCCUUACCCUCUGCAUAUACAGCAAGGGGUUACAUUGACCCUGCUGGGCUCACAGUUCUCUGCAAAAGCUCAGGUUUCAGCGAGCAGAUGCUGAGCAUUUCCUGUGUAUAAUAUGCAAUUCCCUGUUGCCUUAACGCCCCCAGCACACAAAAGGUAACUUAGUUAAGCCAAAGCAAACAUUUUCGUUUAAACCUCACUAUGCGGGGUCCCCCAUGCCCUCUACAAGUACCUAACCGGGACUAAGCCUGUUAUUCACAGAGGAACAAGUGGGGAGUCACAGGCUGGAGCCCCUGCCUUUGCCAACGGUACUAUGUAAUGGUGUAAAGCGACUUGCUAUAUUCUGAAGUGUGUUGCUGUUAUAUGAAAGUAUUCAGUGUGUAUCAUUGUGUAUAUAUGGGUCCGAUCUGCCAGGCUGUGCAUGAUAGCGCACUGUUUGUUUUGGGUUUACCUGCCUAUGUAGGUGGCAGCAGCCUGGCAAGGGGUGAGGGUACAAGGGCAUCAUGGGUACCCAAAGCCUGCACUAAAACAGCACCAGGAAACGUCCCAUCCCGGCACUAUGUUGAGAGCAAAUCGGUUUAUCAUUUAGUUUUGUAGCGACGGGGUUUGUUAUCUUUAAUGAUAAUGGUGGUAUAGUAAUUUAUCUCUUGGCUUCUUUACUUCAUGUGUCAUGUGACACUUCCUGGUUCUGUUCUGACGUGAGGCGUGUGGGAAAGGGGCCCAUUAUUCUUAAUAAAACCCCACAUUUAUGUACCCAUUUCACGUCCGGGGCAAUUGCCUUCAGGCAGGGGAUGAGCCAGUACUGUGUGUAACCCUUUAUAAAGGGGGCAAUGUCAGAUUUGUUUUAACUUAAGACUUAGUAGGGGCAGAAUAACGCCGCACAGCUCCCUGUUUGACCCCCUUGCCUGCUGUGUGUGGGAUUUCUAAAUAAGAUUGGUCCCGACUCCUACCCUAUGGACAUACAUAUACAGCCACAACCCCGAAUCUUCUGUCUGUGUGGAUUCUAUCGGUGUCUCCCCCCUGGCAGUAAUUGGUUUAAUCCGAGCUGAGUGACGCUCCCACCAUGUAUCGCUAUCGAUUUGAUUGUGUCUAGUCGGGGCAAAUAGAAGCGCAGUAGAAGGAUCAGGAUUGACCCAUGAACCAAAACUAAGGAGGGUGGUAAGGGGCAUAUUAUAAAUAACCAUUUAAAGACAAGACUCAAAGGCUUCUAUGGGAUAGGAGCGCCAUGGGGGUGCCCCAGCUGUACAGUGGGUACCAAGCGAUCUCUCACUAGACGGAACAGGGCAGAUGGAAGGGCAAGGGUCUCGCUUCUAUAGGACUCAAUGCCCCUGCCCCGGGUUAUUGCCCCUCCAGUAUUUCCCAGUUUCUCAGGCAGGAUUAACAACUGCUAACAGUCUCAUGUGCUGAAGAGAAUGACAGUGUAUGGGAGCCAUACAGGAAGCCCCCCAUCCGUUCCUAGGGGGCAGGGGGGCUGCAGGCAAUGGCAGGGGCUGGCUCUUAUCUAGGGGCCCUGUGGAUCUGAGAGAAGCGGCUGCUCUGUGUCACAUCUCCCUGUGUCAGGCAGGAGGCGAGAGAGAGGAAGAAGCCUGAGCCAGGGCUUGGCAUCAGCAGAACUCGCUAUAUUGUGUGACAAACAAUGGAAAGAAAAGCUUUGAAACAGAGCAGAUUGUGGCAGCAAAGUGAGGAUGUUCAGCUGGAGCCCAAGGAGCCUGAGAGAGGGAGGAAACCAUCAGCCAGUGAGGGCACUUCCCAUGCAAGUUGUAGGGAAAGAGAUGGCUGGGGCAUGGGUGUUUAACCUAUUGUUUGCCUAGUAGGUAAAGCAUGCAGACACUGGAGAGGGUUAACAUACUAGCCUUCUGUCUGUUCUACAGGGAUUGUGGGACUUGUAGUUUGUACAGCAGCAACACCGCAUGCCACACAAGUCAGUAGUUUAUAAUCGCCAAUUUACAUUCAAUAAUAAUAAUAAUAAUAUCAUAUUGUUCAUACCUAUUCCAUAUUAUAACUAAUUUACCCAAAUCCCAGAAGUGCCUCUUUCACACGUAAAGCACAGGAAUAUAUACUGCCUUGUUCUCUGGAAAUGGCCUGAUUUAUAGGAGCUCAGUAGGUUGUCUUGUCAGCAUGUGCUGGAAAGUGAGUUCUGUGGGUUUGUAUAGAUAUUGAAUGUAUAAUGAUGUGGCUCUCCAUGCACCAGUGCUGGUAGAGCAUUCUGGGAUUCUUUUAAUUUAGCAGCAGCUGAAGGGCCACAAGAGGGCAUACCUGCAAUACUCAGGGGUCUUUUCAGUGCAGUUAUUGAAGGUUGCUGACAGUCGCCCAGCUCAGCUCCUAUGUAAGGUACCUGGUGUAGCCUUGCUAGCCUGUAUUGCCUUCUUGGCGCUAUAGUCGUCCUUCCCUAAUCUGACAUUGCCCCCUGACUGAGUGCAAUCACAGUGUGAAAUUAAGAUUGCCAGUAUUGUAAAUGAUGUACAGAGAAUUUGUAUAGCUAAUUGCAGUUAUAAUCAUGGUGACAAGUGAGCACUGAGCACCUUGAAUAGGGGUUGCUAUCUAGGGUCUGACCACUUAGAGUCCACGCAAAGCUUAGCACUGCUUUUACUCCAUGUUGGGCCUCAUUCAUUGACAUUGGUGCAAAGUUGUAGCACACUAUAGAAACUAGUCAUGCAAUUGCUUUCAUUAAUCUGCACUAGACUGAUCAAAUCAAAUUGCUGAUUGGUUGCUAUGGGCUACUGCACUGGUGCACUUUUGCAUGUGUGUGUCGGUAAAUGGGUGCUGCUUGCUGAUCUCUGCUCUAUCGAGCAAUGUUUUUUUUAUGUGUGAGGGUCUAUAUCUAAGCAGGAAAAUUAUACCCCAUACCCUCCAGAAACUAGCAGGUCCUGAUCAUCAAUAGGGAGCUGCAAUGGACACAGCUUGAACCCCUCUAAAGACAGAUGGGAAGCAAAGCCAAUAACACUUUCAAAAGUUUAUUCAUAGGAUUCCUGCACAAAUGUUAGGAUAUGUUGGCGUGUUUGGGGGGGGGGGGGGGGAGUUAUACACAGCCACAGGAAGCCGCACCCCAAAAAUAGUAACUGGGAAACUAUUUGUUAAAAAAAAAGUAUCCCCACUAAGAGUUGUUGGAAUUUGCACCUGGAUUUUAUCCAAAGCUUCCCAGGAAAUAGAGCGCAGAAUAAAACCCGUAAGCCGUCCCUCUCUCCCACCCAUUACCGGAGUUUGGUUCUGGAAUUUCGUCUGUUGAUUUGAAAUCCAUGUAAAUAAAGCCAUAUAUGUCACCAAACAAACAUGCCAGCUGUUUCCACUCCCUGACUGAGGGCUUUUUGGCCAAGUUAUUUGCCCUUUCAGAACUGCAAAGCAUUUAUUGCUGGGGAUGAUAUACCCAAACACUGAUAGGGUUAAUGAAACUGUGAACAAGGCAAAUAUGUGAUAGCUUUUCUAGGGGUGAUUAAUUCAGUUUUAUUCUGAUUAAUAGCAUACACAUUAAAGUACUGGCCAUGAAUACUGUGAGCCAGGCUUGGGACUAAGCCUCAGUAGCCCCCGCCCCAUCAUGUAAGGCCUGGUCUAUACAAGCCAUUUUAGGGAUGGAAAAGAAGGUUGAAUGCUUUAAUGCUUUGGCCAUUUUAUCCCUAAUAUUUCAAGUUUCCCCUUAAAAUAAAUAUUCAAUGCAGCAUGUUUGUUUGUAAGAAGCACAUAAACAAAUUGAUAGGGAUAAAGAGAAUGAGGCUGGCUUAUUGUCUGUGCUCAAAGGGGUAAGUUUAGUCAUAUUUGCUUGUGACCAAUAUCAGCAACAAAAAAUGUAGCAUAUUGUUUUCAAUAGGGGAGCUUACACGAGCAGCUGUAGCUAUAGCUACUCAGCUCUUUUGCAGUUACAUGUCAGUAACAGAAGUCCCAGCACUGCUAUGGUUAUAUUGGGGAUUUCCAACCUGUGGCCUUCCAGCUUUAGCCGAACUCCCAGCAUCCCCCCCCCCAGAAGACGUAGCUAAACAACAGCUGGAGGGUUGCCAUUUGGAGAUUCCCAAGUAAGAUAAAACUGUGAACAAGGGAAAAUCUGAUUAUUAUCCAAGCUUCCACCUCAUCAGUACAAUAAGAAAUGCAGGUUUGGGCUGUCCCUCACUUAUGUCCCCCCCCGCCGCUAUGUAGGGGUUCUGCUGUGCAGGUGCAAGGCAUUUCUGGGGCUCCGAGAUGCCCGCUUUGGGCUUAUGGGAAACCUCUUGAAGCAAUCACGGGGCUCACAUUUCACUGCUAAUUGCACUCACAGAUUGCCAGGUGCAGAGCAGUUUAUUGCUGCAGGGAACACUGUGCUGUUUGGGGAGGGGGGGUUGGUGGGAGAUACAUAUUAAAAGAAAGAAAACUCUCCCACCUUACUGUGUCCUGGCCUGCAGAGCAUUUUUUGCAAGCUAGACAGACACAAAAUACAUACCUAUUCCAUCAAAUGGAAGCUGUUGAUGAGGGUACAGAGAAAAGAUUUAUGAAACAUAACAAGCCCCCACUUAAUUACUGAUUCCCUCCCUCAGGUUAAAAACUUAUAAUAUUUCUGUAUGGAAGUGUACCCCCCCCCCAGGCACCGAGGCGCACAGCGCACACAAAGAAUGAAUGGGAGUGAUCCUCAAACCCAGAAUGUGAUAUGAGGAGCUUCCAUGUCAGGGUCCUUGGGCCCUAGAACCAUGCAGCUUUACAGACCACAUUUAAAGAGACAGUAUACCCACCUUUCUGAUUGCUCAUUAAAUAGGGCUUGUGCUGAACAUACUUUUUUUGCCUAUUUCUGUGGUUAGGAAAAAUCUAUGUUUUUUGUUAUUUCCUGGUCCCAAAGAGCAAAGUCAAAGAAAUCAACACUGACAAUCCUCUGUAUAAGAGCAGCUCUUUAGUUUAAUUUUCAGAGCAAGAAAUAACAAAAACUAUAGAUAUUUGCAUCAAAUCAGUCCUAUUUAUAGAAUUUACAUUGAAAAGGGGGGUAUACUGCCCCCUUAAUAUAUACUAAUAGUACAGAUAUAUAAUAUAUAUACUAUGGGUUUGGCAAAGUUGCACAAAGGAAUGGAAAAAAAGAACCAUGUUCUCGAAACAGACUACUGGGGCUUAUUUAUCAACACUGGGCAAAUUUCCACUUGGGCAGAAACCCAUAGCAACAUAGCUUGCAGCCAGUAGAACAAUGAAUGCAACAAUUUCAUCAGUUGCCAUGGGUUACUGCCAAGGGCAAAUUUGCCCAGUGAUGAUAAAUGACCCCUGAGCUUCUGCUACCUGGGUAUAAGUGGAGCAUUCACAUAGCUCAGGCUAAUAGGGCUUACCUGAGCCUUUUCUCAUAGAAUGUACUAGGUAAUCUCCAUCCACAAGGGCCAGUACUCCAUUUGAGCCAUAUAAAAGUAUCAGUAUAAAGGGAUAACAUUGGUGCAUGGAGUUGAUUCUCUCUCUUGCAUACUGGCUCUCUGGAAAUUCUGGCAAAUUCCAGACUAACCGGUGCGUUAUAAUGGGCCUGUGUGGGACUGUUUGGGUCUUUGCAUACUACAAAUGCCAGGGCCUAUUCUAGAUCUCAGAAUAUUACUGUGACCAUUGGAAAGUGCCUCUUUAGCCUAAAUGCAGGGUAAUAUGACUGUGUGUGACUCUCCUCACUAAAAUGUGGCAAGGUUCUCUGGGCCAGUGCACCAGUGGCUGUGACACUUGUGUCCAUCAGAUAACAUCACGUGCUACUAGUCCAGAAACAUGAUUUUCACAAUUAGCUAAAAGUAAUUAAGUCUGCCAAUCAGCAACAAGGCUUCUGUAAUCUGAGAGAUCAUGGUUCAAUCUAUUAAAAACACAUGAAAGUGCUGGGAAGCUGUUUGUAUUUAUUCCUAUCGGCAGAGCAGAGUGGGUCGGCCCGGCACCCUGAACUGUCAACAGCAACCACUAGAAACCAGUACAGUUCAUUAUGCCCAGAAUUAUUGCCCCAACUUGGAACACCAAUACAAAGUUCUACUGGGAAUAUAUAUAUUCAAUUUAUAUAUUAAAAUGCAAAUUUACCAUCAUUUCCAUUCAUUCUCUCCCUCUGCUUUUCACUGCAAGCCAGCCCCAUUAGCCUGUUAUAUCCAUGUUUGCUUGUGUUCUGUUCCUACCUAUAAGGUGACGGUAUGACAAAGCACUGUUUAGAUCACAUAGCCCACAGUAAAAGGACCCACUCCCAGGACUCAUGCCAAAGAUGAGCUGACACAAUGGGAUUGUCACUGUCACCUCUGACAUGGCACAUGACCAAAAAAAGACAGUAUUUUUGACUUUUAUAUAUCUUAUUUUUUUUUCCUUUAUGUGAAUGUAUUUAUUGCAUGUUCAUGCAUUUUUUUUUAAAAUUUUCACGAGUCUGUAUAAAAUGCUUUGGUUGGAUACGUGUUUUUUUUAUAUAUAUAUAUUUUAAUAAUGUCUUAAGGAGUCAUUGGAAGAGCCUUCAAUCAAAUUUUCUAUACUCAGAACAAAAAAAAAAACAAGCAAUAAAAGAUUAUUAAAUUAGA